CCCCUUUGGCAGACCUUACCCCACAUUUAUCAUACAAAACCCGGCUAACUUUUGCAUCAGCAGCAAAAUGGCAUGGACACCACGGGAUGAAGGUCUGCAGCAGCUCCUACCGAUACUCAAGGACUCACAGUCUCCCGGUAAAGCCACGCAGCUAGCCGUGCAAGAGACGGAAAACGAGGCAACGCGCUCCAUGAGCGGCCUAAUCCUCAAGAACAACAUUCGCAUGCACGACAUCACUCUGCAGCCGGAACACCUGGAGUAUAUCAAACACCAGUGCCUGCAGGCAGUGGGCGACUCUUCACCCGAGAUCCGUGGCACCGUGGGCAUUCUGAUUACCACCAUUGCCAGCAAUAUCGGUCUGCACAACUGGCCGCAGCUGCUUCCAUCUCUCUGCGAAAUGCUCGACAACCAGGACUACAAUGUGUGCGAAGGAGCAUUCAGUGCUCUGCAGAAAAUUUGCGAGGACUCUGCCGGAAUUUUGGAAAAUAUGCCAUUAAAUACAAUGAUUCCAAAGUUCCUGGAGUACUUUAAGCACAGCAGUCCAAAGAUCCGCUCCCACGCCAUUGCCUGCAUCAACCAGUUCAUCAUCAACAGAUCACAGGCCCUGAUGCUAAACAUAGACAGCCUCAUUCAGAACCUCUUAGACGUGCCCUCGGAUAAUGACCCAGCGGUUCGCAUGAACGUCUGCCACGCAUUGGUUGGUCUGGUGGGGGUGCGCAUAGACCUUAUGAUGCCGCACAUGUCGCAGAUUAUUGAGCUCAUUUUGUUGCGCUCCCAGGACGCCGAUGAGAACGUGGCUCUGCAGGCCACCGAAUUUUGGCUUUCAUUGGGAAAGCAGAGAAACUGCAGGGAUAUACUUUCUCCCAUUCUAUCCCAGUUAGUCCCAGUUCUUGUAAGCCGAACGCAAUACACGGAGACGGACAUUAUUCUUCUGAAGGGCGAUGUAGGUGAAGAUGACAAGGAGCCUGAUAGACAGCAGGAUAUCAGUCCACGUUUCCACAUGUCCCGCGUACACGGUAUAAGUAAUGAAUUGGAUGAAAACUCGGACGACGAUAUGUGGGAUUCGGCAUUGAACUUGCGCAAGUGCAGCGCUUGUGCUCUCGACAUUAUUUCGAAAAUUUUCGGCGAUGUCUGUCUGCCCCUUAUGCUGCCCAUCCUAAAGGAGGCGCUAUUCCACCAGGAAUGGGUGAUCAAAGAAAGUGGUGUGAUGGCCUUGGGAGCUAUUGCGGAGGGCUGCAUGCAGGGCUUGAUCCCACACUUACCAGAGCUGAUUCCCUACCUAAUUACCUGUCUGUCUGACAAGAAGCCACUCGUACGCUCCAUUACAUGCUGGACGUUCAUGCGAUUCCCCAAAUGGGUGCUCAACCAGCCGCACGACAAGUACUUGGAGCCUCUAAUCGAGGAACUGCUGAAGUGCAUCCUGGACUCCAAUAAGCGCGUUCAGGAAGCUGCGUGCUCUGCCUUUGUCGCUCUGGAGGAGGAGGCCUGCACGCAACUGGUGCCCUACCUGGAGAAUAUGCUAAAGACGUUCGUCUUAGCCUUCUCCAAGUACCACCAAAGGAAUCUACUGAUAAUGUACGAUGUCGUUGGUCUUUUAGCGGAGUCCGUCGGUCAUCAUCUGAAUAAACCGCAAUAUAUUGACAUCCUAAUGCCUCCGCUAAUGGAUAAGUGGAACCUGGUAAAGGACGACGACAAAGAUAUAAUCUAUUUGUUGGAGUGCCUAUCGAGCAUCGCCACUGCGUUGCAGUCCUCCUUUCUGCCCUACUGCGACUCGGUGUAUCGAAAGGGCAUCUCCAUUAUUGAGGAGACUAUCAACCAGGACAUGAUGUGUAAACAAAGCCAAUCAACCGAUUAUCCUGACAAGGAGCGCAUGGUUAUCGCCCUGGAUCUGGUGUCUGGCUUGAUCGAGGGGCUGCAGAGCCUCAUAGAGCCACUGGUGGCCAACAGCAAACUUUUGCAGCUGCUCUGCCAAUGCAUGGGCGACGUUAUGCCCGAAGUUCGCCAAUCAUCGUUUGCCCUGCUGGGUGAUUUGAGCGGGGCUUGUUUUUCCCAGGUAUACCCCUACACGGCCCACUUUAUUUUGAUCUUGGUGCAAAACCUAAACCCCAGCGUUGUUGGUGUGUGCAACAAUGCAGUUUGGGCCAUAGGGCAAAUCUGCGUUAAGUUGGGUGAGGAAACCAAGCCGUACGUACGCCUUCUGCUUAGCGAACUAAUGAUCCUGAUGAACCGGCAGGACAUUCCAAAAAAUCUUUCGAGGAAUGCGGCAAUAACACUUGGGCGCCUCGGAAAUGCAUGUCCAGAUGAAGUGGCUCCCUAUUUGCCCGAAUUCCUACGCCAGUGGUGCUUGUUAUUGCGUUACGCAUAUGACCACGACGAGAAGUAUUUGUCUUUUAUGGGAAUGUGCCAUAUGAUCAGGGAGAAUCCAGGAGGCGUGGUGCCCGACUUCUUAUUCUUUUGCGAUGCCAUUGCCUCGUGGGACAAUCCUCCACAGGAUCUGCGUCAGAUGAUUCGAAGAAUUAUCGAAGGCUUUAAGAACCAAACGGGUGCGGAGAAUUGGCUAAUUUUUUUGGGGAAAUUUCCACAACCACUGGCCUGCCGGCUAAUCGAACUGUACGACAUCGAAUACUAAUCCGAAGCUAUCCAGCCAAUUAUGUAUUGCUUCAAUCAUCAUUCUAAUUUUACUAAGUAACCAAAGCCCCAAAAAAAGUCAGCUAUUGAGUAAUAUACGAUUUUAUAUAAUCAUUUAUAAUAUGAAUAAUUCAACAAAACCUGAAAUAUUUUUGUAAAUAAAGUCUCAAUAAUUGU